AAACUACCAAGGGAAUGACACGAUCCCACCAUACACGGGAGGAGAGAUCUGGCUUCUGCUAGGGGCAACAAGCCUCCUGAACUGGAUAUGGGGCAGCAAAGCACUCCGAUCAGGCUCUGGCUUAUACAAGCACAGCACUUGUUGUUUCUGUUUGCGAUCACUAAUUUCCGUGGACCCACAGCCAGCGCAGCCAACUCAGGCAGAGCAUCGGAAUUGCUAUACACUCUACAUGAAGGAUUACCCAAGGGGGUGCUGAUUGGGAACAUUGUGCAGGACUUGCAGCUGGGUUCUUUUACUGAUCCUCCUCUUUCAUUCAGCCUGGCAUCUAAAGGGCUCGGUGGGAAGUAUGCGAUGCUCAAUAACAGAACUGGAGAGCUGUACACAUCUGCAGAGGAACUGGACCGAGAGACCCUGUGCCCACAAAGUCUUGGUCUUCAGGAUUGUGUCCUUCUCCUGGAUGUCAUCAUUUUGCCUCAGGAAUAUUUCAGGCUCAUCAAAGUAAAAAUUGCAAUAAUCGAUGUAAAUGACAAUGCUCCACAAUUCCCUGUGACACAGAUUUAUAUUUCAGUACCAGAAAAUGCUCCUAUUAACACAAGACUAGUGAUAGAGCAUCCUGCUUAUGACCCUGAUGGGGGGAUGAAUGGGGUCCAGACUUAUAGGUUGGUGGACUACCAUGGUUUAUUUACAUUAGAUGUUGAGGAGAACGAGAGUGGGGAAAGGACACCUUACCUUAUUAUAAUGGGUCUUCUGGACAGAGAAGAAAAAUCAGAAUAUCAAACAAUUAUUAUUGCUGAAGAUGGUGGAAAUCCACCACUUUCAGGGUCAGCCACACUUACAAUUCUUGUUAGUGAUGUGAAUGACAACUGCCCACAAUUUCAUGAGUCUCAUAUAAAUGUAACUCUUCCUGGGAACUCAAGCAUUGGAGCAGCUGUAGCUACAGUACAUGCUGAGGACAAAGAUUUAGGCUCUAAUGCUCAGGUUACUUACUCCUUUAGCGAAAGAGUUCCACAGUCCUCAAAGGAUCAGUUUAAUCUUGAUGAAACCUCAGGAAAGAUAACCCUUUCUGAGAAGAUAGAUGGCAGUACAAUCCAACUGCAUAAACUGACUGUGCUAGCCAAUGGCCCAGGCUGUAUCCCAGCUGUAAUAUCUGUAUUUAUUUCCGUAAUUAAAGUCACAUUUAGGCCACCUGAAGUCAUACCACGUUACAUAGCUAAUGAAGAAAAUAGUAUUGUUUAUCUGAAGGAACUAGAGCCUGUCAAUUCCCCUAUUGCAUUUUUUACUAUAAAAGAUCCAGAUGAAAAAUACCAAGUGGAUUGCUACCUGGAAGGAGAAGGACCUUUUCAGUUGUCUGCAUACAAGCCGUAUACAAAUGAGUAUCUUCUUGAAACUGUAAAUAAGUUAGACUAUGAAGUAAAACAGCUAUAUAAUAUAGCAGUGGUUGCUGUUAGCCCGGAUGGCAGUCAUGUAAAAAAGUUUAUAAAAAUUCAGAUUUUGGAUGAGAAUGAUAAUCCGCCGGUUUUUACUCAAUCCUCCGUAGAGGUAACCAUUGAGGAAAACAAUUCACCCAAUGCAUUUUUAGUCAAACUGCAUGCUACUGAUGUUGACAGUGGAGAGAGAGGUCAGGUUUCAUACUUUUUGGGAGCUGAUGCCCCGUCUUAUUUUUCUUUAGACAAAGUAACUGGAAUACUUUCUGUUUCCACAAUGUUAGAUAGAGAGGAGAAAGAAAAAUACAGGUUCACUGUUAAAGCAAGAGAUUCUGGCUCACCCCCAAAAGAAUCAGUAGCCACAGUAUAUGUUACCGUACUAGACAAAAAUGACAACAGUCCACGAUUCAUCAGCAGAGAUUUCAGUUUUUUUGUCCCUGAAAAUUUCCCAGGUUUUGGCGAGAUUGGAGUAAUCAGCGUCACAGAUGCUGACUCUGGACAAAAUGGAUGGAUUGCCCUUUCCAUAGUAAAUGGGAGUGAUAUAUUUGUCAUUGAUACUGGAAAAGGACUCCUGCGAGCUAAAGUUUCACUGGACAGAGAACAACAGAGCUCUUAUACUUUGUGGGUUGAAGCUGUUGAUGGUGGAGACCCAACCUUAUCGUCUACUGCAAAAAUUACCAUCCUUCUUCUGGAUGUAAAUGACAACCCUCCCUUGGUCCUGUUCCCUCAGUCUAACACGUCUUAUCUGCUUGUGCUCCCAUCAACUUUGCCUGGUUCGCCUGUGACAGAGGUUUAUGCCGUUGAUAAAGACACAGGAAUGAAUGCUGUUAUAGCUUAUAGCAUAAUAGGAAGGAGAGGGCCUCGUCCAGAAUCGUUUCGCAUUGACCCUAAAACUGGAAAUAUUACCUUGGAAGAGACUCUCAUGAGAAAUGACUGCGGCCUGUACAGGUUAUUGGUGAAAGUUAGCGACCAUGGUUACCCUGAACCCCUCUUUACUACUGUUAUGGUGAAUCUAUUUGUAAACGAUACAGUAAGUAAUGAAAGUUAUAUUGAAAGUUUACUGAGAAAGGAACCUGAUGUUAAUAUUGAAGAAAAGGAACCGCAAAUUGCUAUACAGCCCACUCAGAAAAAAAUGGAAUCUGAUUCUUGCAUACCUACGCUGGUAACUCUCUCUAUACUGUGCUUAGGCUCAGUUGUUUUAGUGACUUUAAUGGGCAUGUACAUUUGCAUACGAAAUGGGAAAAAGCACCACAGAACAAAUGAAAACCUGGAAGUUCAAAUCCCAUUAAAUGGGAAAAUUGACUUCCACCUGCUAGAAAAGAAGCCCAUUGAAAUUUCUAAUAUUUAAUAUUUUUUUGCUUCUCUCUCUGACACACAAUCUGCCAUAUUUUGGAGGAUAAAAUUAUAAAUAACACAAUGUGUUGACCAUGGUUACAAUGAAGGACCACUAAUUUAUACCCUAUAGUAAUAUAUAUGUAAAUAGCUUUUAUAAUUAAAGCAACAAUUCUUACAAACUUGUAAAUAUUUUUUUAAAAUGUACAUAUACAUACAUGUAAAACCAGUACCAACGACUGAAGUGAGUAUCUUUUCGGUAUUGAUAUUCAGUGUAUGUCUUAUAUCAGUGAGCAAA